AUGUCGCAUAGCGUUAAGGUAAAUCUUUGGUUUCAACGUUUCGUUGCAUUUUGCUACCUGAGUUCUUUCGACUUUCACCACCUUUCUGCUUCAUUCCUGAGGCUUUCCUUUAUUUUACCUGGUCUAGACUUUGUGAUUGGGACACGACAGGAGAAGUGCCAAUACAUUCGAACAAAAUAUCCAUCUAAGAUUCCAGUAAUUGUGGAACGAUUCGAUCAGGAAUUAUCAUUGCCUCACCUUCAAAAGAGCAAAUUUCUUGUUCCACAAGAGUUGAGCAUGUCUCAGCUGAUUACUGUUGUCCGCAACCGACUGAGACUGUCGUCGACACAAGCCAUCUUCUUGAUUGUUAAUAAUCGGAGUAUGGCAUCCCUUUCCAAGACGGUGCUGGAAGUCUAUCGCGAAUAUCACGAUCAAGAUGGAUUUCUUUACCUAUCCUAUGCGUCACAAGAGGCUUUUGGCUCCGAUCGGGUUACGUGAUAUCAACCAUACGCAGGUGGAUAAAAAUGGCAUGUCCGCAUUAAGGAAUUUAUCCUUUCUCUCAACGAAAUCCUCAUUUCCUCCGUUAUUGAUCGUCUCUCGAUUUUGUCGGUAGAUGGACGUCGCGUAUUCUUGUUCGAUCUUUAUUUUUUA